AUUAGUAGAACGAAGCAGUCAAGGGCGUUUGUAUAUUAUGUAUAUUAUCUUUUAUCGUAACCGCAAAUAGCCUUCAACAACAGAAAUGUAGGGUAAACAUGUCGGAUUUUCGGCUUCAUGCUGUUAUACAGGCGACAUCUGCUGUAAGGAUCAGCUGUUAGGCUGCGAGAAAAUAGCUGUAGAAUAAACAUUGGCAGAUUGUAUUCAUUAGCGCCUUCGAUUUAGCUCAACUAUGCUAAAACGUAAAAUCAUAGAAUAAUGUUAUCGCAAGGAUCACCUGCAACCUCAAUGUAAUUAUAUUUUAAAAAAAAAAAAAAAAAAAAAAGGAGCGUGGAUGGUGUAAGCGGAAGUAUUAUCCCAAUCUGGCAACCCGGUGCUCUGCGAUCUCUCUGGUGUCUUGGCUGAGUGAAUGACUGAGGGAGUGAAUGAGUGAGGGAGUGAAUGAGGGCGGAGACGCACGAGAGGUUUGACAACAACUUUAGCUCGUCCUUGGAGAGCAGAAUGUCAGAGCGACUUUGUUCUGUCCGAUAAACCUGGAGGGAGUGUUGGAGUUCAAAUCAUGCUGAGUGUCCUGGCCAGAGCCGCGUCGAGGGCGGUGCCUAAGCGCUUAGCAAGGCCAGUGGUAGUCGUGCAGAUCCGUGACCAAUCUCUGGCACAUCAGGAUGCUCUGCCCAAGCUGCCAGUGCCACCACUCAGACAGACGUGUGAGCGUUACCUGGCUGCACUCGAACCGCUCGUGUCUGAGGAGGAGAUGAACCAUACACGCCAGCUCAUGGCUGAGUUCCUGUCCUCCGGUGGCGUCGGCGAAAGGCUGCAGAAAGGACUGGAGAGACGAGCACGCAAAACUGAGAACUGGCUCACUGAUUGGUGGAUGCAGUCAGCCUACUUAGACUCUCGUAUGCCAGUCCCAGUGUACACUAGCCCAGGCGUGGUUCUGCCGCAGAUGCACUUCCAGGACUGCCAGGGACAGAUGAGGUUUGCUGCCAAACUGAUUGCUGGAGUUUUGAACUUCAAGCAAAUGAUUGAUAGUGAAACACUACCUGUUGAGUAUUUGGGAGGAAAGCCAUUAUGCAUGGACCAGUAUUACCAGGUGCUGUCUUCAUGCCGAAUACCAGGACCGAAGAAAGACACUGUGGUGAACGAUGCCAUUGGAAAGAAGGCACCGACUCACAUCACAGUGGUUCACAAUUUUCAGUUUUUUGUUCUGGACGUGUACAAUAGCGACGGCACGCCACUGACGGUAGAUCAGCUCUACAUGCAGCUGGAGAAGAUCUGGAAUUCUUCUUUACAAUCCAAUAAAGAGCCCAUUGGCAUUCUCACCUCGAACCACCGCAACACCUGGGGCAAAGCCUACAACAACCUCAUCAAGGAUAAAACGAAUAAAGAUUCAGUCCGGGCGAUCCAAAAGAGCAUCUUCUUAGUGUGCCUGGACGCCCCGAUGCCACGUGUGUCAGAUGAGAUCUACUACAGUAAAGUGGCUGCACAGAUGCUGCAUGGAGGCGGAAGCCGCUGGAACAGUGGGAACCGCUGGUUUGAUAAAACACUACAGUUUAUAGUGGGCGAGGAUGGAUCGUGUGGACUGACGUAUGAGCAUGCUCCUGCUGAAGGACCUCCCAUUGUGUUCCUAGUGGACCAUGUGGUGGAAUAUAUGAAGAAAACUGAGAUGGUGCGAGCUCCUAUGAUUCCACUCCCCAUGCCGCAGAAGCUGCGCUUUAACAUCACACCUGAAAUCAAAAAGGACAUUGAGAAAGCCAAGCAGAACAUGAACAUAAUGGUGCAUGACCUGGAUGUGCGAGUUCUCAACUUCUCUCAUUACGGGAAGAAAUACCUCAAGUCAUGUAAAACCAGCUCAGACGCCUUCAUCCAAAUGGCCCUCCAGCUGGCAUAUUACAGGAUCUAUGGUGUGUGCUGCGCUACAUACGAGAGCGCCUCCAUACGCAUGUUUAAACUGGGAAGAACCGAGGCCAUCCGCUCCACCUCUACUGAGUCGCUCAGAUUCGUACAAGCCAUGGAUGACAAAUCCAAACAGAACGCAGAGAAACUGGCCCUGCUGGAGAAGGCCAUCAACGCUCAUCGAAAUUACACACACAUGGCCAUUCAUGGCCAGGCAAUCGACAGACAUCUGCUGGGGCUGAAGAUGCAAAGCAUUGAGGAUCUGACUUCUCUCCCAGAAAUCUUCAUGGAUACUUCCUAUGCUGUGGCCAUGCAUUUCAACCUCUUCACUAGCCAAGUCGGCUCAAAGACAGACUGUUUUAUGUGUAUUGGGCCAAUGGUGCCAGACGGUUAUGGCAUCUGCUACAACCCGAUGGACGACCACAUCAACUUUGCUGUGACGGCCUUCAACAGCUGUGAAGAAACUAAUGCCACCAAACUAACACGGUUCCUCAAGGAAGCACUGCUGGACAUGAAAGCUCUUCUGGAUCAGACGCCUAAUCCGAGCAAUUGAGGCUGCUUACUGGGGGAUGAGACACAGAGUGGAAAUUUGUGAGGCUGGGAAGAAGAAGAUGAAGUAUUUGCUAUACCUGCAUGUGUCCUCAAGCAGAACAUGAACAUGCAGGAGCUGACAGUUCUCGCACCCGUAUUUCUUUGAUCAGCUUGCCAUGACGUUAAUGUUUGUCCCACAACAUUUUAGUAAGAAGGGAUCUCUUAAGAAAAGAUGGCACCACCAUGUUGCAAUGUGUUCAUGAUACUUCAGUAUUUUUGUUAGCUGCUGUUUACAUAAUUUUGCUGUUUACUGAUGUAUUCCAUGUCAAAACCGAAGCGUUUUUUGUUUUGUUUUUUUUUGCUCAACUGAAGCACUUAGCAAGUCUGCUUUAUGACGGUGAUGUGUGUAUCUAUAACUAAAUAUUUAUUGGGAUAAAUAUACAUUUGGACACAG